CUGCCGGAAGCCGGCCGGUGUGCCCUCGUCAACUACCCAUUUUUUUUUUUUUUUACCUUCCUUUGGGUACAUUUGGGCUCGAGCCCUCUCGUCCUUCCAGUUUCCGUGAGUGUCAAAAGGGACCGCCCGAUCCCCUUCGUCGUUGUUUGAACCAAGGUCCCGCGAGCCAUUUUGACUGUUUCUGGCAUGUCUGCGUAUUCACCUUCGGCCAGCGUGCCGUUCCCAGGCACGGGACAGCCGGCCUACCUGGAACUGUUUCCCUCGGGCGAGGUUCCCCAGACCUUCUUCACGUAUCGCUGGUGGGAGGACGAGGCCACCACUGUGUUCUGGGCCUUUGAUCCCUAUGAGAUCAAGCGGGUGAUUCGAUUCGGACUCUUUCGAGACAGCAACCUCCCGCGGAAGUCUCUUCAGAAACGUGAUCCCCAAGCCAUUACCGCGUUUCUCUACUCGCUCGUGGAGCCGCACGAGACGGCAUUCAUCGACAACCUGUCCCAUUAUCAGAAGGUCGAGGAAAUUAUUCGACGAUGUCAGAUCUCCGGUCCUCCACUCGAACCUUGGAGCUGGCUUCCUACCAAGCGGGACAGUGACAUGCCCUCGAUAGCAAUAGCAGAAGCCAUCGACACGGAGAGUCAUCUGCAUUUCACACGGAUUUCGUUUGAGGAGCUCGUCCGCUACUUCUUGGGCUACCGAGCACAUUCGGUAGAGUGGUUUUUACAACAACAUACGGCGCUUUACAUCCACUUGCUCAACUAUUUGCAAAUGUUUCCGGAGGAGCUGGGGAAGUACAAAGAGGUGGAACAGCAUCUUCAGACUCGCAGCCCAUUUGCCCACCGUGCCGUGAACCGGUGCCUACACGCUUUGAGACAGCCCGUUUCAGCCAGCACACCGUACCCGGGCUUCCAAUUCAUCGCAGCGCCUAUCCAGCAGCUAUUCAAGGAGCAUCUGCCAAGUCUAAAGGCCGUUCUACUUGAGCUCUCGGUAUUGGGGGUACGGUUCACACGAACAUACGUCCACGCCCGGGAGAUGAACUGGACGAAGCCAUUUUCGGUCGAAAUUCCCUUGCUUGACGAGCUGGAUUUGACGAACCCAGCACCGGCUCUAGACUUCGCCAAGACCACCACCUCCCUCGACGGAGAAUACUUCUCUGGGUUGAGUCAGAAGAGCUUCGUGGAGCCAGAUGCCAUAAUCAAGCGACUUCUAGUGCUAUGGGAGCUACGAAGUCUGGAAGUGUGGGAAUGUUGCACGGGACUACCAGACAUGAUAGGCUACAUUCAGGAAAUUGUCGAGGCCCUUUACACCUACCGCAAUUACCACUCGUCCACGGCGAUUCUCAGCGGUCUUUACAAAUACAGCACGUCCAACCCGACCUUCACGCACACGGACAGCGCCACCAACCGGAUGACACUGACUCCGGUGCUGCCCCCUGCACUAGCGUGCCUGCUGGACCCAAGGGAGAACUUUGUGGCCUACCGACAGGAGUUCCAAACGUCGCCGGGCCUCCCUUUCCUCUUCCCGCACAUUAGGGAGUACCAACAGCACGGCCCGCCAGCCCUGCACCAACUGUUCCAGCAAUUGCAACGUCAGGCACCCCCCAACUAGACUAGUAGCACACGUGGCGUGGUCUGAGCUUGGGCAAUAACAGAUGUCAUCUAGACGCAAUGGAUGAAUGGCUAGGCAGCAAACAAUAUGGGG